AUGAGCGAAAAUGAGAUGACUACUGACGCACCAGCAGAUUAUCAGUCGAUCCUUUUCAUCGAGGAAGGCGACCGUGAUCCACGCACGCGCCGGCUGAUCAAAAGCCAUGUUAUGCUUGGAAAGAAUCGGCGAGCUAAGAAAGCUCAUAAAUCCCGACGCGCCGGUGCAGUGGCCAAAGUAGCUGCACAUGGUAUUCCGCCCAAGAUAAGCUGCAGUGCCCCUUGGGGUGCAUUAACCAAUGAUAGCCACAUCGAUCCCCAAGUCGUGGUCGACGUGAUCCAAUGUGCGUCUUCUGCUGCCACAGCUGAUACCUCAAAGCCCUCGUACUCACGUGGAUGUUUCAUAGGCGCUUCUGCGAUCGGCAAGGCCCGGUAUCUUCUUGGAACCUGCCUCCCUUUCCUACCCCUCGAUCGCAGCUACAUCGAGAGUCUCUGGCAAGAUCCCUCACUUUUCCAGACCGCCGUGAUGAUGGCGGAAACGUACUUCCAGUUCAUGCGAGGCGAAAAGGACCGUUGUCGAAGCUUAAUGCAGGUCUCGAAGACCAUUCAGAUCCUCCGCAAGAAGCUCUCACUGGCGGACGAGUCAGAGCAGAUCUCGAACCAAACUCUCUUCGUUGUUGGCUGCCUCGCGAGCUAUGCGCGUGUGCUUGGCGAUGACGACGCGGUUCGACAGCAUCUCGAAGGGAUCCGUAGGAUAAUUGGCUUGAGGGGUGGCAUGGAAAAGCUUGCCGAGACGAAGCUAUUCGUGGAACUUCUUAGGUGCGACUUGGGAUUGGCGCUGCAUACAGGUACGAAGCCGCUGUUGAUGGGUCGUGAUCAACGCUUCUCGGCACACCCUCUCUACCACGAUACGCUUGUCACAGACACGGAGGCCUUUCUCAAUCUCGACGGUCGGGUAGCUCAGGCAUGGAAGUUGAUGGCGCGCUUCUGCUCUUUGGUCAAUCUCGCUACUGAAGCCCAUGGCCUGAUCCCGUGGGACCUGUUCCUGCAUACGAUAACAUCGGUCAUAUCUCCGCUACAGGGUAUUGGCUUCAUCGCCGAGUCGUUCGACGAAGUAGUUCGUUUGGCUCUCUUGGUGGUCUCUUCUCAUGUCCUCCUGCAGUGGAAUUCGAUCAAAGUGCCAUUUGAUCACUUAAGAACUGCAUACCGGGACGCUAUUCUUCACAGCGGCGCUCUGCACAGUGCCACAUCGCAGACGAGAUCCUGGUUCUUAAUGAUCGGCGCCGUCACGGUAUUCGCAGAGGCAGACAACCACUGGUUGAGACCUAGACUAAAAGCCCAGCUCAAGAAUACAGGAAUCGAGUCAUGGGCCGAGAUGCGAAAGAUCUUGAAUUCAUUCUUGUGGGUUAACGUCCUACUGGAGUCCCCGGGAAGGAAGAUCAUCUGUUCACUACUCGAGGGAGACGACAGCUAG